AUGCAUCUCACCAAUACGAUUGUCACAGCCCUCCUCCUCGCAUCCUCGGCCCUGGCCCAAAGCCAAUCCCAAUGCGUUACCAGUUGCGAAACAUCCCACCUCGAAGUCUCAGCAUGCGAAGGUAAUGAAACAGGCCAGGCACUCGCCGACUGCACCUGCGCAUCGUUCCAGGGCCCAUCCGAUCCCAUGCUUGUCUGCAUCCAGUCAUGUCCUGCAGCUGAUGUCGCCGCAUUCGCUGCUGGCAUUCCGGCUGAAUGUCGCGGUAAACUAUUUCCUGACAUCACUGUUGCGACUGGCAGUGGCAGUGGCACAGCCAGUCAAACACAGACGAAGAGCUCGUCCUCUACUACCACUACCGGUUCGUCUACUGGCUCCACGACCACUGGUGCUGCUGCCACUGGGACUACGGCUCAUGCGACUACUACUACCACUGCGGCCGCCUCGUCGUCUACGAAGACUGGGCUUGCUGCUGCGAAUCAGCCGGCGGGAAUGGUUAUGGCUAUUGGUGUGUUGGCAGCAUUUGCGAUUUGA